AUGGCUACGCGCAUUAUUACGGACCUGCCCGUCGAGCUCCUUGUGAUGAUACUUUUCUUUCUCGAUGCGCACGGUCUGAUCAACUGUAAACAACACAUGCGCCGCACCGCUGAGCUUGUGCCAGGGACGUCCUUUCCACAGUGGACGACGCUUGUGUGGACGACCGCAUCCGGUGGUCUUUUCGCCCAGGCGAACAUGCGAGGCGGGAUUGAGUUCAUCCAGUUUCCAUCCGCAGUUCUUGGAGUUUCAGAGCGUCGAUGGUCUGUCUGCAGCGACCGGCUCGAGAUGGAGAUGGAGACAAUGUGUAUGGAUCCAUCACAGGACGUUGUUGUCGUGACAGGAUGGGCCCGGGAUCAAGUGCCCAACGGACCAGAGGGCCGGUACCCGGCACUUCGUAUCCUGUCUAUUACAAACGGGCAGUCUCAUCCUCUUGCUGCUCGCAGUGAGAUCAACCUGUCAGAUACGGGCAGAUAUGAUGAAUUAGGCGAAGUCGAACUAACCCGCAGGGAAGGACGCCAAUCCCGUCUAGAAGGCGACUACGUAGCGCAUCUUGGCUCUUGGAACCAUGAAUAUGCGGUUCUGGUGUGGGAUUGGAAGACCGGUGAUUUGCUUUGGGAAAGUACCUAUGUCGUGCAUCAUCUACAAUUUGAAGAAACAUCCCCAGAAAAUAAAUAUGAUUCCUUUGACUUCGUCGACAGUCGGCAUUUACUUGCGACGGACGACAGUAUCAUUGAUAUCUUCGUACUAGACAGACCAAGCAAAUAUACUGGUGUUCCAACCUUCAUUCGAGGUUCUCACUGCAUAUGGGAGCAUCCUAGGCGUAAAGGACAAUCGUUCACUGCACCCCGGCUUAUGUCAACGCACAAAGGCGGAUGCUCGCAGAGGAAUCCAGCUCAUCCGUUCUACUCGUCCUCACAGCGUGGUCUCGUUGCCGUCGCCUGUUACGGAGCGCCGCCUAAUGGGGACAUCUGGACGGAGGUGAUUUUGGUGCCUGCGUCCAUGAUCCGGGAGUGGGCUCUGCGCGCACAGACCGGCGAGGCCACCAUGCGUGUUGGAGAUGCUGGGAUCGUCGACUGGGCAGAUUGGGCACCACACUAUCCGAGACUGCUGCGCGCCGGCAGGCCGUUCUCUGCAGAGGUACAGGGCAUGCAUGCGACAUUCGCCAACAUCGAAGAGGAAGAUCUUGUGCUGGAUCAUAUUGACUACACCGCCGUCGGAGGUAAAGAAGUGGAAUUUGAUUUCAAGACCUCCCAUGACAUUGGAGAUGAGUGGGACGAAAGGGGGCUGUGUGUCGUCCCUGAGGACAGUGACGGCGUCCAUUCAGCAUACACCGAGGCUCAGCCGAUAGAUCAGAGCAUCCCACAGUAUCUAGUCAUCCUUCCAGAUUAUGCAAUUCUACAGGAGUAUGAGGAUGAUAAUGGGGACAAUCAGUGGCAGAUUUAUCAUAUCGUCGCCUCUGACUCGGAUGAUUCAGAAUGUGUCAAUGGCGAAGAGAAAGCCGGAGCGGUGAUCGAGACCACGGCAUGA